UCUUGUUACGCCAUGUCUUCACUAUUGGACCAGGCCACGCGCAUUGCGCGUGACUUCGACUACCCCGCCGAGAAAGUGCAACGCGGGGUUGCCGAGUACAUUAAGCAGUCCAACGAGGGCUUGACCAAAGAGGGCACCACCUUGAGCCAAAUUCCUACCUUCGUGACUGCUGUGCCAAAUGGCACGGAAAAGGGCCUUUACUUGGCUGUCGACCUCGGUGGCACUAACUUCCGUGUGUGCUCGGUCCUCCUGCACGGCGAUACUACCUUCUCCCUCACCCAAUCCAAGAUCCUAAUUCCUCGGGAAUUGAUGGCCUCUGGCACAUCGAAGGAUCUCUUCCUGUUCUUGGCCCGUCAAAUCGAAUCAUUCCUUCGCAUUCACCACAAUGAGCACUUCGAGGCCCACCAGCUCCGCCGACGGGAAGAUUAUAACGAAGAGGACUUGUUCGAUUUGGGCUUUACCUUCAGUUUCCCUGUGCGCCAAUGUGGUAUCAACCGUGGAACACUGAUCCGUUGGACCAAGGGCUUUAACAUCCCCGAUGCGGUUGGCCACGAUGUUUGCGCGCUGCUUCAGUCGGCCAUUGAUGAUUUGAACCUGCCAGUGCGUGUGGCUGCACUGGUGAACGACACUGUUGGUACUCUCAUGGCCCGCUCAUACACCUCGCCAGGCGAGACUGGCACUUUCCUCGGUGCCAUUUUCGGAACCGGUACCAACGGUGCUUACGUGGAGAAGACUAAGAACAUCACCAAGCUCCAGCACAUGAAGGAUGCCCACUUUGACGACUCCACAGGCGAGAUGAUUAUCAACGCUGAGUGGGGUAGCUUCGAUAACCACAUGAGCGUGCUCCCUACCACGGUGUUCGAUGAUGAGCUGGAUGCUGACAGCAACAACCCCGGUGUGCAGAUGUUCGAGAAGCGUGUUUCGGGCAUGUUCUUAGGCGAAAUUCUGCGCCGUGCACUCUUGUCUCUACACCGCGACAACGACCUGGGAUUGUUCAAGGCCAACAAGAACUCUAAGGUCAUCCUUCCUGAAGGAUCUAUGCUCUUCCGUCAAUGGGGUCUGGACACUAGCAUGCUGAGUUCAGUCGAGGUUGAUAACAGCAAGGAUUUGGCGGAUGUGAAGACCGCAUUGAAGGAUCACCUCGAGAUUGAGAACCCCAGCUUUGAAGAGUGCCAGGCUGUGAAAAUCAUAGUUCACGCGAUUGGAAAACGUGCCGCUCGCCUGAGCGCCGUUCCGCUGGCUGCCAUUCUCGUGCACACCAACAAGCUUGAGACCGAUGAUAUCAUUGACAUUGGUGUCGAUGGCAGUCUUGUUGAAUUCUACCCCGAUUUUGAACGGCAUAUGCGUGAGGCUUUGCGCGAAGUUCCCCAAGUCGGAGUUGCAGGCGACAAGAAGAUCCGCAUUGGUAUUUCCAAGGAUGGCAGCGGGGUUGGCGCAGCUCUGAUUGCGCUUGUCGCUAACAAGAACAAUGGCCUCGAAAUUCCCCACGAGAAAUAA